AAAUCCAUCCCUCCCUCCCCCCCCUCAAAACACAUCAUCAAAAAAAAUUUAAAAAAAAAUCAGAAAUCAUCUUCGUUUCCUGUUCCUCACCCGAUCACGAGGAAACCACUCCCUUCUGUCCGUCCUGUCUUUCUUCUCAGGUCCAAAGUCCCAUCUCCAUUAAUCCACACGGCGUUCCCAUCUUCCCCCCAACCCCCCCUUUUCAUUACUUUCCCCUUCCUUCCUUCCUCUCCAACCCAUUUCUCAUCUCUCUUCCUAUCGUUCAUACCAUACCCUGCAGUCAAAUCCUUUCUCUGUGUGUUGGCGACGAUGAACUGCUUCUCCUUCAAGGGGAGAUCGAAGUCGAAGCAGAAGUCAGAGUCGGCCCCGGAGCUUGAUCGGCGGGACGGCCUUCCUGGGACCUCGGGGGCAUCCGACCGGACGGUGAAGUCCCUGGGCUCGCAGCCUUCGACCCCCAGGAGCAUACCGGAGCUGUACAAGGAGAAGGAGCACAUGCUCAGAGUCUUCUCGUACGAUGAGCUGCGGGAGGCCACUUGCGGGUUCAGCCGGAUGCUGAAGAUCGGGCAAGGCGGCUUCGGGAGCGUCUACAAAGGCACUGUGAAGCCCAUUAGCGGCAAAGGCGAGCCUCUCACCGUCGCCAUCAAGAAGCUCAACAGCAAGAGCUUGCAGGGCUAUAAGGAAUGGAUGUCGGAAGUUCAGUUCCUCGGCGUUGUAAGCCAUCCCAACCUCGUGAAGCUCCUGGGCUACUCCUCCAUGGAGGGCGAGAGAGGGAUCCAACUCCUCUUGGUUUACGAGUACAUGGCUAAUCGGAGCUUAGACGAUCAUCUCUUCAGUAGAACACAGCCUCCCAUGCCAUGGAAAACCAGGCUAGAGAUCGUUCUAGGAGCUGCACAGGGAUUGGCUUACCUUCAUGACGGGAUGGAAGUCAAGAUAAUAUUCCGAGAUUUUAAAUCGUCCAAUGUGCUUUUGGACGAGAACUUUAAAGCAAAGCUGUCUGAUUUCGGGCUGGCGAGGGAAGGCCCAACGGGCGAUCAUACUCACGUCACAACAAGGAUUGUCGGGACUUAUGGGUACGCCGCACCAGAAUACGUUGAGACGGGCCACCUCACAAUCCACAGUGAUAUAUGGACCUUCGGGGUCGUCCUCUACGAAAUUCUCACGGGGAGGCGAGCGGUGGAAAGAAACAGACCCGCGAAUGAGCAAAAACUCCUGGACUGGGUGAAAGGUUUCCCAGUCGACAGCCGGAAGUUCACAAUGAUUAUCGACCCGAAACUCAGGAAUCAUUACCCUCUCGCCUCUGCUCGAAAAGUCGCUAAGCUAGCGGAGAUGUGCCUGAACAAGAACCCGAAGGAUAGACCGACAAUGGGUCAGAUCGUGUCGGUCUUGAAAGACGCGAUUAGGGACAGUGAAGGGGCCAGCAGUUCCAGCAGUGGGAAUGUUGGGUCAUCAUCGAGAAGUAAGACAGGCAGUCCAAGUACAGGAAAGAAAAUUGUUAGCUACUAGGAUCCCAAAAAGAAGUGGGCAAUCCGAUAAGUCGCCGGAAUCGGUUAUGAUGCAUUCAUAUCGAUGAAACAGAUUAAAGUACGAGAGUUGUGAAUUUCCCGAGCCUGUGAUUAUUUGAUUUUGUCCGAGUCCGAGAUUAAAUUGUUAAAGAGAAUUUGUUAGGAGGUGCAUGGUCUGUGGGAGUGGGAUGUCUGCAAAUCAGUCUGUACAUAGCAGUUGGAAGAGAAGAACUUUGAGAAUAAAGAGCUUCUUUUUAUUUAUUUAUUUAUUUAUUUCAGUUUCACAGAUGAUUUGAGGUACCAUUUAUACAUAAAUUAAAAUUAGUGUUCCUAUG